UCGAUCGCUUGAGCGCAACAACUACGGUUCAUUUAAAACCCAGCUGACGUGAGAAUAAAAGCUUUACAGAUGCUUUCCCAUUCGAGUUGCAACGGUUUUGGGUUGUUGCUGACGGGGUUAUUGGCAUUGUCUCCCUUUGCCGGUGCCAAGUUGCCGUCCACUAUCAGACCAUGUGCCCGGGAUGAUCCUCAAUUGGAGCGUUGUAUCAUCAACGCUGUCUACCAAAUAAGGCCACUCCUGGUUCACGGAAAUCUGGGCGAUGGCUAUAGAACUCCUCCAUUGGAGCCCUUGUCACUAGAUAAUAUCGAACUAGGACGGAGUAGUCAAUUUCAAGCUGUGUUUACGGAUCUCGAGGCCAAUGGUGGGAGUAACUUUAUCAUUGACCGUCUUAUUGCCAAGCCGUUAGAUAUAUCGUAUGAUCUUUGGAUUACUCUUCCACGCAUCGACUUCAAAGGAAAGUACUCGUUGCGCCUCAACUUGCUCCUCCUAGAUAUAAAAGGAAAGGGAAACAUGCAGGGAUAUUGCGAAAAUGCUAAAGCAUCUGUUAAAAUGCGGGGCUCCCGCUAUCUUCGAAAUGGCCAAGACUAUGUAAAAUUCACCAAGAUGACCAUGCGCAUUGAUUUUAAGGACUUUAAAUUGAACUUAGAAAACUUGCUCGGCGAUCGGAUUUUGGGAGAUGUGGGCAACAGCCUCAUCAACAAUAAUCAGGAAUUGUACCUGAACGAGAUUGUUCCAGGGUUAGAACAUGGCCUUUCCAAAAAGUUUUUAGAUGUUGCGAAUGAAAUCCUAGCCACUGCCACCUUUGAUGAAAUGUUCCCGCCUGGAAGGACUGUCAUCAAUCCGAUUAUAAAUCCGUCCCGUUCACCAGCUAUAUUUGAACCUCCUUUUGUUUCUCACAACCCCGAAGGUGGGGUUUUAGAUAAUUUACCACCUAGAAAAUAUGAGUCAAAGCGGAAAUAGUUUUAAGGACAUUAUUAUAAUAAUA